AUUAUUUAAAUUUUUAAUAUAAAUAAUUAUAAAAUAAAAUUUAAGUACAAACCAAAUGAAAAUUAUAUAUAUAAUCAAUAUUUUGACUUAUAAUAUUAAUCACUGUGAGUUAUAAAAAUUCAGAGAUUGAAUAUAAUUAAAAAGAUAAUUUGUAACAGUUAUACUGAUUUAAAAGACAAAUACCUUUAAGAAAACUGAUUUUAAUGGUAAAAUACAAACAACCCCGAUUUUUAUCCACCCAAUCCAUAUAUGUUUUUGGUUCACGGUUCAACCAUGUCCGACCGUUGGUUCGGUCCAGAUUUAAAACAUUAGGUUUAAAUAAAACCAUUAAAAUGCAUAGUUGUGUUCAAUUUUAAUUUAAGAGCAUCCUCAAGCCAAAUAUUCCAAAUUUUCUAAAAAUAUUAAAUUAAGAUAUUAAUAUUAUGAUGAAAUUGAGAUAGAUUUAUUAUAAUUAUAAUAUUUUAAUGAUCAUAUAUAUUCAUUUUUAGUUUAAUAUUUUUAGGAGCAUCCGCAAGCCAAAUAUUCCAAAUUUUCUAAAAAUUCGUAGGAGGUACUUGCAAUUUGCAAUGAGGAUGUUGUUUAAGUUGAACAGUUAAACUGGGCCGAUAAUGAGCCGCUCCAAUAACUCCCUCUUUGCUAAACCUUAACCCUUUACAAUUUACAUAAUUGAUUCUCCAAACAUCCUUUUUUAAUGUUUGAUUCCUAUACAAGACAAAUCACCAAAGAUUCUCGAGUUAACAUAAGCAGAUGCCACACGAUACCAUUGUUCCUCUCGACAGAAAAAGAAUAACUCACUCCUCGAGGCUUCUUCUUACCUCGUUUUCAAAACUUGUACACGUAUGUAAGUAUAAAUGAAUAUGUUUAAACUCUAAUCCUGAAAAGACUAAAUUUCACGUUAAAACAUGACAUCUGAGUAUCGUCCAAGAAUUAUUGUGAAUGGAACAAGAAGAACAAGAACGUUCCAUUACUUCUAUUGCCGUCAUUGCAGCCGCACUAUUAGGCUCCAAAACUAUGGUCUAUAUGGUCCUUUAUGUCCUCUCUGUUCUAGAGAGAUCAAUCUCCACGAUGAGCUUGACAUUAUGAGGCUAAACCGGCCUUAUUGGGAUACCGAUACCGAUUGGAUCACUCUCCAUCUUGUCAACUCAACGAGAAGCAACCGGUUCAAUCAUGAACUAGUUAAUACCGAUGAUGAAUUCGCUGAUGUCUUGCCUAACGAACGUGUCGGUCCACCACCGGCCUCUCCAUCCGCCAUUGAGGCUGUAAAUACGGUGACGGUCUCGGAAGAAAAUUUGGCAAAAGAGAUGGUUUGUGCGAUAUGCAAGGAGGAGUUUGAAGUUGGAGAGGAAGGAAAAGAGUUGAAAUGUUUGCAUUUGUACCAUCCAAGCUGCAUUGUGUCUUGGUUGAAUAUUCAUAAUACUUGUCCCAUUUGUCGCUUUGAGGUUAACUUAGGCGUUUCCCAUUGUCACGUUGAUGGAGAAGAGUCUCACAACCUCGGCAAUGGUCGAUCAAAUCGCAUUCGAACUAGGGUUUGUUCUUUGUGGCCUCUCCGAAUGAUGUUUGAUUGGGUACAUAAUCUCCUCGAUGUAAGAAUAACAAACACUUGAAAACAUCAAAGAUAUUGCGAACAAGAAUAUUGUAUGAAAAUAGUAAUUAUAUAUAGACUAAAAUUAGGUUAAUUCUGAGAGACUGGAGUAAAAAUAUACAUCAAGAAGAAAAUAAAAUCAAGAGGCAACGAGGAUUAAAGGCGAAAGAGACGUUUAUAGAUUUUCGUGAAACAAAACUCUGACUAUAUUUUAUGUAAAUAUCAUCAAAUUAUUAUCUUUGAUUCCUUUGGAAGUUGUACGUAACUCGUGUAAAUAAAAUUAAGAAUUGUGGUGAAAAUCUUUUAGUUGGUAGAUCAUACGAUGAAAUAGAUUAGGCAUGGAUAUAUUUAUCCGGAACCGAAGAACCGAACCAAAUCGAAAACGAGGUUUUGUUUGGAUUUAGAUCUUUUCAAUGACCUUUGUGGAGCAUGUAUCUGUAGAACCAAAAAUACGAAAUUAAACCGAAUUCAAACCGAGAACCGAAUGGAUACCUGAAUUUCCAUAAUAUACUUUGUAUACUUAUAAAUAUUAAUUAUAUAUAGUUUUAAAAUAUCAAAUAAUUUAAGAUUUUAUUUAUAAGUCAAAAUACCGAAAACUAAAAUUAUCAAAAUACUUUUUAUCCGAAAUAUUUAAAAUUAUCAUAACUAACCAAAUUUUUAUCAAAGAACUAAAAAUCUGAUAUUUAAUCUGAUAUUUGGGUUUACAAUGUCUUGCUACUUUUGGUUUUACUAGUUAAAAUUAAACUCCAACUUGUGUUCAACCUUUGUUGCUUAAAGAUUAGUCGGAAAUCACUUUCAGUGCAAGACUCGCAUGCAUAUUUCACUGUGAUGGUGAUUUAGAGUUUCUCAGACCACCUCCAUCAAAGGCUUUAGUAAGAGGAUUCUAAAAAAAACUAAAAAAAAUAAAUGGUAAAUGUGAAAAAACCAAAGAACCAGUGUCUAAUAUGACACUUCUAGAACUGGUAAACACCCCAUGCGUGUCUUUUUGCUAUUGGCUUCUCUCUACCUUUCUCUUCGUUGGUGUAUUUUUUUUUUUGGGUCUGAGAAAUUUCUUGUCGAUCGUUUUGAGAAAUCUCUCCAAAUCAUCACCGUGGAGGUUCGUCGAUGUUUUAUUUUGGGUUUCAUUGAUCUCUUCACUACAGGAGGAGACUAGGAAACACGAGAUCAACCGUUUGUUGGAUGAGAUGCUGAGCUUGGAGAAACAAGAGCCUGAAUCGUCAUCAUCGGAGGAGGCGCAAGCUGUGACUCCGUGGGUCGUCUCCGAUAGUGUCGAAAGACUCACUUCUCCGCCGUGGCGUCUUCUGCGCACACAGGUAUCUAAAUUUGGAUGAGAGUGAGGAUGAAUGGGUUGAAACUUCCUGGCGUUUGGAAGACGUUAGUUGACGCUGUGAGUCGAGUCAAGGGGUCUUCAAGUAAUGGACAAAAUUACAGGAUGUCAACUCGCUCGGGACGUCCGUUCUCUGCAAUCUGCUGGUCGACACUUGAGCCUGUGAGUAAUUCUAUCUCUGAAAAAAUACCAUUCAGAAUCUUCCAUUGUGUGUUAUAUACACUGGCUCUCUUUCAUGGGUGAAGAACCAAGGGCGGGGAGUAUAAUAGGAGCAAACUUCACUGCUGGUUUUGUUGCUGGUGCUGCUACUUGCCCACUUGAUGUUGCAAAGACUCGGCGUCAAAUUGAGAAGGAUAGAGAUAGAGCUAUGAAGAUGACCACAAGACAAACCCUGGCUGAGAUUUGGAGGUAUGAAUUAGCAAAAGGAAACAGUUUCCUUGUUGAUAUUAGCAAAAAGUGAAGAUCUGUAUGUUGGGGUUAUUGAUGUCAGUACCGUCUGUAACACGUUUUGUUACUACAAAGAUUACGUUCGGAUGCAGAAGCUAUAAAUGUCAUAAAUAACUGGAUUCACAGCGUCAACUAACGUCUUUCAAACGCCAGGAUGAGUCAGCUAAUACCGUGGAGCUUUUUGGUGGGUCUGAGCUUGUGAUCACCAAGAGAGGAGAGAACAAAGUAACCAGGACUCUUGGGUCUCGGGAAUUCAUGCGCUACUAAAAACAGAAGCCACCACCGUCUUCUCAGAAACACAUUGUCAAGUUGAUUUAAUUGAGAAUAUAUGACAAAAAUUUGAAACAAAUCAAGAUUUCAACUAAUUGGCUUUUUCUUAUUUAGGAUUUGUAUUUGUAUUUUUAAUAUGCUUUUAUGUCAUUUUUAUUUAGAUUUU